AUGUUGAGGCUGGUUGUCGCGUUCACUGUGCUGCUUGGCGCUGUGGUGGCUGAAGCGCCUGCCGCGGACGUUGACGUGGAAGCGGAACUCGAAGAGGGAGUGCUCGUUCUCACCGAGGAUAAUUUCGAUUCCACGAUCAGUAAGCACGAAUUUAUCCUGGUCGAAUUCUAUGCACCAUGGUGUGGACACUGCAAGGCGCUGCAACCGGAAUAUGCGAAAGCGGCGAAACUGCUGGAGAAGGAGGGAAGCGAAAUAAAACUUGCAAAAUGCGAUGCCACCGUUCAUGCCAAACUUGCUACCAAAUUCAAUGUUCGUGGCUAUCCAACGCUGAAAUUCUUCCGAUCUGGCAAAGCACAGGAUUAUGGAGGAGGGCGUGAUGCUGGAUCAAUUGUCUCGUGGCUGAAAAAGAAAACUGGCCCCGUCGCUAAAACUAUACUGUCAGGCGACGAUGUUAAAGAUCUACGCGAAAACAACGAUGUUUGCGUCAUCGGAUACUUCAAGGCUAGUGCACUCCCCAGGCCAUUCUUUUGCACUCUUUUAGAUACCGAAGGCACAGACGCGAAACUGUUUUUGGAAGUGGCAGCCGGUUUCGACGAUAUACCAUUUGGCAUCACCACAGAAAAGGAUGCGGCCAAAGAGAUGGAACUCAAAGAUGAGGGUAUCGUGCUGCUGAAGAAGUUUGAUGAGCAACGAGCGGAGUUUGAUGAAAAGUUAACGGUUGAUUCGCUGAAGGCGUGGAUUCAGGCUCAGAGGCUGCCACUUGUGAGCGAAUUUACACAGGAUACAGCUCCAGUGAUUUUCGGCGGGGAAAUCAAAUCGCACAAUCUUUUGUUUGUUUCAAAGGAAAGUCCCGAAUUCCAGAAGCUCGAGAAGGAGUUCCGAGCUGCUGCUCAACAAUUCAAAGGAAAGGUCCUCUUCAUUAUCAUCAAUACCGACGUGGAUGACAAUGCACGUAUCGUUGAUUUCUUCGGUCUCAAAAAAGAUGAUUUGGCAGCAUUACGACUGAUCAAUCUUGAGGAAGAUAUGACCAAAUUCAAGCCCGAAUUCAAGGAUUUAACGACCGCGAAUAUUGUCGAGUUCACACAGAUGUAUCUGGAUGGCAAACUGAAGCCACAUCUGAUGACGCAGGAAAUUCCCGAUGAUUGGGAUAAGAAUCCAGUGAAGGUGCUUGUUGGGAAGAACUUCGACAGCAUCGCAAAGGAUACCAAGAAGAGUGUUAUCGUUCUUUUCUGUACGUAUCCGGUUUUCUUGUCCAUGAUAGUUCAUUUAUUUCAGGUCUUCAGGGUGGACUCCCAGUGCUUCUGUUUCCCACGUCGGCAGUAUUUUUUUAUUCAGCUUUUAUGA